AUGUCUCGAGAUGCUCAGGAUGCUUCAAGAUAUCGGGUACUUUUCCAAACAUUGCGAGGAACCAGCCCCGAGAGUCAUGGCUUUUGGACUAGACGACCGCUAGACUAUAAUCCGAACGAUAACCAGGAAGAUGUUGCAAAGGGAGCAAAGUUGAAUCCCGGCAUCUCGGGAUUACCUUUUGUACUUGUCGGUGGGGAGGCAUUAUUCGAGAAAACUCGCGGCCGUGAUAUUCUUGAUGCCACCACCAGCACUGGAGGGACGCGCUUUGGCGAGGGCAUUGACGCUGGUGCCCACACGGCCUGCGGGUGGACUUUGCUAGAAAACCGGAAACGACAGACGGAUCUCCCUUAUUCAUUUAUUGUGCCCAUUCUCAUUGGACGACACAACGACAAAGAGUUCGACGCGCGUGUGACUUUGGAGGCGAAGGGUAACACACGCACGGCUAUAGACUGGGUGUUCAACAGGGACCCUGUUGAUGAUCUGGUGCUCUUCAAAUUCGCUGUCGAUCGACUGAGUAAGAUACCCAAGGAAGAAGACAAGAACACUAAGCACACAGAUGCUGGAAAGAUGGCUGCGAAGUCAACAGCACAGAAGUAUGCCAAGGACGAGCUUGGAGAAUGGGAGGCUCGAAUGAACGAACCAACCCAGAUAAUCUGGCGCACUGUUUCUCGAAGGGCUGAGAGGGAGAUCUAA